AACUCCCAGGACCACAGCUGACCGGACUUCCGGAAGCCAAAGCCUGGCGGGGAGGAGGCUGCUGAGAUCCGGACAAGAGGCCGGGGGUUAAUUUAGCAAGAAAAACGGGGGGCGGGAAGAGCUAUAGUGCUAACCUGUCAAUUCGCCACCAUGAACGUGGUUUUUGCUGUGAAGCAGUACAUUUCCAAAAUGAUAGAGGACAGCGGACCGGGCAUGAAAGUACUUCUUAUGGAUAAAGAGACGACCGGCAUAGUGAGUAUGGUAUACACACAAUCGGAAAUUCUCCAGAAGGAAGUGUACCUUUUUGAACGCAUUGAUUCUCAAAAUCGAGAGAUCAUGAAACACCUGAAAGCAAUUUGUUUUCUUCGACCUACAAAGGAGAAUGUGGAUUAUCUGAUUCAGGAGCUCCGAAGACCCAAAUACAGUAUAUAUUUUAUUUAUUUCAGUAAUGUGAUCAGCAAGAGUGAUGUGAAGUCAUUAGCUGAAGCUGAUGAACAGGAAGUGGUGGCUGAAGUUCAGGAAUUUUAUGGUGAUUACAUUGCUGUGAAUCCACAUUUGUUUUCCCUCAAUAUUCUGGGCUGCUGCCAGGGUCGAAAUUGGGAUCCAGUCCAACUAUCCAGAGCAACUCAAGGACUGACAGCUCUCCUUUUAUCUCUGAAGAAAUGUCCCAUGAUUCGUUACCAGCUUUCAUCAGAGACAGCAAAGAGACUUGCAGAAUGUGUUAAGCAGGUGAUAACUAAAGAAUAUGAACUGUUUGAAUUCCGGCGGACUGAGGUUCCUCCAUUGCUACUUAUUUUAGAUCGCUGCGAUGAUGCCAUCACCCCAUUGCUAAACCAGUGGACAUAUCAGGCCAUGGUCCAUGAACUACUGGGCAUAAACAACAAUCGGAUUGAUCUUUCCAGAGUGCCAGGGAUCAGUAAAGACUUGAGAGAGGUGGUCCUAUCUGCUGAAAAUGAUGAAUUCUAUGCUAAUAAUAUGUACCUGAACUUUGCUGAGAUUGGUAGCAACAUAAAGAAUCUCAUGGAAGACUUUCAGAAGAAGAAACCAAAAGAACAGCAAAAACUAGAAUCAAUAGCAGACAUGAAGGCCUUUGUUGAGAAUUACCCACAAUUCAAGAAGAUGUCCGGGACUGUAUCAAAGCACGUGACAGUGGUUGGAGAGCUGUCUCGGUUGGUCAGUGAGCGGAAUCUGCUGGAGGUUUCGGAGGUUGAGCAAGAACUGGCCUGUCAAAAUGACCAUUCUAGUGCUCUCCAGAAUGUGAAGAGGCUCCUGCAGAACCCCAAAGUGACAGAGUUUGAUGCUGCGCGCCUGGUGAUGCUUUAUGCUCUACAUUAUGAGCGACACAGCAGCAAUAGCCUACCAGGAUUAAUGAUGGACCUCAGGAAUAAAGGUGUUUCUGAGAAGUAUCGAAAGCUUGUGUCUACAGUUGUUGAAUAUGGUGGUAAACGGAUCAGAGGAAGUGACCUCUUCAGCCCCAAAGAUGCUGUGGCUAUUACUAAACAGUUCCUCAAAGGAUUGAAGGGAGUAGAAAAUGUAUAUACUCAGCAUCAGCCUUUCUUACAUGAGACCCUGGACCAUCUCAUCAAAGGAAAGCUCAAGGAAAACCUGUAUCCUUAUCUAGGCCCCAGCACACUCAGAGACAGACCUCAGGAUAUCAUUGCGUUUAUAAUUGGAGGAGCCACCUAUGAAGAGGCUCUAACAGUUUAUAACCUGAACCGUACCACUCCUGGAGUGAGGAUUGUCCUGGGGGGAACCACUGUGCAUAACACAAAAAGAUCCUUAGAAGAAUCUCUAAUCACCUUACUCCCAACUUACAAGCUAUCAUUGUCCAGCAUAUUGGUUCUACUUUGUUUUUAUAAUCCCCAAGUGAAUCAUUAUUAUUUUCAAUAGUCAAUAUUUGUUUAGAUUUACCUACAUAUUUGCCUCUCCCCCCUCUUCAUCCUGGCCCUUCUUUCUGAUCCAGUAUUCUUCUUACUAAAGAACCUCUUUUAGUACUUCUUUCAGGUUCUGGUCAACUUGACGUUUUUGUCUAAAAAUAUCUUAGUUUAGCUAAGUUUAGAAUUUCAGGUUGAUAUUGAUAGUUUUUUUCAGCACUUAGAAAUCAGAAGACAGUGGAAUACUGGUACUUCCCUGGCAGUCCAGUGGUUAAGACUCCAUGCUUCCACUGCAAGGGGGCGUGGAUUCGAUCCCUGGGGAGCUAAGAUCCCGAAUGCCAGUACCGUGUGGCCCCGCCCCCCAAAAAAGAAGACAAGCAACUAUUUUCAAUUGUUGCUUCUUAGUAGACUUCUUAAGAAGUCUUCUCUCGGUACAAUUGUUUUUCAUCUGUAGGCAAUAUUUUCUUCUCUGGCUCUUUUUAUCUUUUUGUCUUUGGUAUUCUUGUUUCAGUAUUAUGUAUCUAAAUAUGGAUUUAUUUUUAUUUAUGUUACUUAGUAUGAAAAUACAUGUUUGGCAUAAUUUCUGGAAAUUUUCCAGUCGUUAUUUCUUUGAAUAUUGCAUUUUUUCCCCAAUUAUUCUGUUCUCUCCUUCUGGAACUCCUGGGAGAUAUAUGUUAGGCAUUUAUCUAUUUUCAUGUCUCUUAACCUCUUAUUUAUAUUAUCCACCUGUUAUCUCUCUGUGCUGCCUUCUGUGUACUUUUUUUCACAUUAGUAUUUCAGUUCAGUAAUUCUCUCUUCAGCUAUGUAUAAUCUGUGUUUAAUUUGUACAUUCAGUUUUUAAUUUCAAAGGUAAUAUUUGUAUGCCUGUAAUUUCUAUUUGCUUCUUUUUCAAACUUGCCUGAUUUUUCAUUAAUUUCUUCUUCUCAUGUUUUCAAAUCCUUUUCAAAUUUUUCUUUAACCACAUUAAUUCUAUAAUCUGAAGUACUUGGAGGUCUAAUUCUGCUGUUGUGUCUGCUGACAUUAGCUCCUGAUGGCUCAUUUCUGCAUGUAAUUUUGUAUUACGAGUUAUCUUAAAGAAGACUCACAGGACUCAUUCGGAGCCUAAGUUGAAGAUAUAUCUCUUCUGUGUAGUUUGUCUUUCAUUUAGGCCACGUACCCAAAGAGUAUUAUCAGUUCAGAACUUUUUUUAAUGUUAAUUUCUGUACUAAAGGGUUCCUGAACCAUGCAGAGCUUUAUACUGGUUUAUUUUCAAGUUUCCUUGUGAUCUUCCUGUGCAGAUAGAAGAUUUUUGUUUUUCUAUUCUCUCUUUUCAGUGAGGGCCUCUACAUUAUGCGAGAGUCUUAAUUCUAAUUCCCUUUCUUACUGAGGCCUAAGCCCUGUCUCCUGACCCUCUGCAGCUGUUAAAAUACAGUGCCCUUGUUUAUGAACAUUGGCAUAUUAUGAACAUUGGCAUAUAUCUAUUGGGUAGUUAAAAGCAUUGGUUUAUACUUACCAACCUAAAUUUUGGUUCCCUUUUUGUGAUGACUCUUGGAGAUUUCCCUUAAUUUCUUAAGAGGUUAAACUAUUCAUUUAAAAGUAUGUAUGUCAUUUUUUAUCCAGCAUUUCUAUGUGUUUUAUUUAAUUUCGCCUUAUCUAGUUGGCCUUGAUUUCAGAAAUCGAAGUGUAAGUGUGGUUAUGAUCUUGGAAAAGUUUAAAAUGGUAGUGACAUUAUGCGAAGUUUACUCUAAUUUGAAAACUCUUAGGUAGUAUUUGGAAGCUUAACCGUGCAUCCUAAAAUGUCAGACUGAGGAUUUUGUACCUAAUUCAGUAGUCUGUGGGGGUACCAUUGAAUAAUUUUGAGCACAGAGUGACACAAUACUAUCGCUACUAUUUUAUGCAAGUUCCUCCCUUUGUUCCUGCUGCUGCUAAUAAAAAUAAUCAUAAUAGGGCUUCCCUGGUGGCGCAGUGGUUGAGAGUCCGCCUGCCGAUUCAGGGGACACGGGUUCGUGCCCCGGUCCAGGGAGAUCCCACAUGCCGCAGAGCGGCUGGGCCCAUGAGCCAUAGCCGCUGAGCCUGUGCGUCCGGAGCCUGUGCUCUGCAAUGGGAGAGGCCACAACAGUGAGAGGCCCGCGUACCGCAAAAAAAAUAAAUAAAUAAUAAUAAAAAUAAAUAUUUAUUGAGUAUCUACUAUGUGCUAGGAACUUUACUAAGUACUUUACAUAUAUUAAGUCAUUUAAUCCUCAUAAGGUAUGUACUAUUAUCUCCACUCUGUAUAUGGAAACUGAGGCAGAGAGAUUAAAUAACUUGCCCAAGUAAACAUGGCUAGAGCCAAGACUCAAAGCCAGAGUCCAUGCUUUUAAUCACUGUGCAUUUCCUUCAUAAGUAUUACUUGAAUGCCUGACACUGUAUUGUUCUCUAAAUAAUAUUUAAUAAUUUAGUGUUCAAAAUGUUUUAUUACUAGAUAGCCAUAAUGGAUUUUAUUUUCUUAAUCUAAAUGAGUUCUCUCAUGAAUGUAUAUAUAAUUAUCUGCUUUUAAAUAGACUUUAAUAUCAGAAUUCAGAAAGACUAAUUGACUUUUAAAUGAUCUUUCUGAGAGUUAAUAUUUCCCAUUGAGUAUUUGUAGCCCCAUGGCCCAUACUUAAGAACUAUAGCAUUUUCUCUUUAACUUGAAACAUUAGACGUUUAAAACUAAACAUCUGUAUCUCAAUUUUGAAAAUACUUUGGAUUUAGAUGGAAAGAUAGAUUGGCAAAGAUUUUUAUAUAUUUCUUUGUAAUUUAGUCAUAUUACAUAGAAAUAAAAAUGCAUAUAUUUUCAGAUGUGUUUGGCUAAUUAAUAGUACUGUGAAUAAAACUGCAUUUUACUAUUAAAAAUAGGGGAGGAACCUAAACAUCUAGGUUUUUCCUUAAAUUAGUGUCCCAGGUCCUGAGAAAAUAAUCUUUAAUAUAAAAUUAAGAAAGGCAGGGAAAAAAAAAAGUAAGGCAGCUUUGUAAAAGCUUUAUACUAGAUUCUCCCAGCUAGCCAGCUCAGUAUUUCUUUGUCUGACUUAACAAUAUGCUAAGCAGUACACUAAAUUACAUUUGAGCAGAUAUCCUUAAGCAAUAGAAGGGUCAAUAAAAUCUUGAAUGGGAUUGUUCAGUGGUCCCCGAUCAAUGAAAUUUUUAGGAAGAGGGUGUUGCUAUGGUAAUUAACAACCUGGAAAAAAUUUAAUGUUUGCAAUACAUAAAUGUUCCAAAAUCUGGUUUUUUUAAUUUACUUUCAUAAAUAUAUAGCCUCCAGCAAUAAGUAAAUAGUGAAAUUUUUCACUAUCAGUAAGAAGAUAGUGCAAUUUGUAUUUCAGAGUCCAGUUAUUGUAAAGGCUUAAGUAAUUGAAAGCAACAGUUUCAGCUUUUAGAGGAAAGGCUCAAUUUUCAUGAUGAAUGUGGAUUACCUUGGGUAUUACUAGACUGUUAAGUAAUUAAGAGUUCACAACUCUUAAUACAUAUUGAAAUCCCAGACUCUCAGUAAAUGGGAAGGUUAAUAUUUUUUAAAACUCAGUUUUAUACCUGGAUAUGGUAGGGCUGCUGUGAGCAGCAAUAAAAUAUGGGGGGAGAAGUUGAACAAUUUGUUUCUGUGAAUUGUUAGGGUUUAAUUUUUGUGGGAGUCUGUGCAAUUUCCUAUGUAAUACAUGGAUUAUUUCUUAAAAGUCCAAAGGAAUAAGUGACAAAGACACAGCCUUAACCUCAAAACUCUACCGUGCAGAAGUAUUAUUUUGAGAGACUAUGGCAACCAGGAAACAGAGUAUACUUUUAGAUGUGCCAUAAUAAGUGCCCUCUUUUUAAGCUUUUCUUUUUUUUUUUUAAUUUAUUUUAUUUAUUUAUUUUUGGCUGCGUUGGGUCUUCGCUGCUGUGCGUGGGCUUUCUCUAGUUGCAGCGAGUGGGGGCUACUCUUUGUUGCAGUGCGCAGGCUUCUCGUUGCGGUGUCUUCUCUUGUUGCAGAGCACAGUCUCUAGGCACGCGGGCUUCAGUAGUUGUGGCAUGCAGGUUCAGUCGUUGUGGCUCAUGGGCUUAGUUGCUCCAUGUCAUAUGGGAUCUUCCUGGACCAGGGCUCGAAGCUGUGUCCCCUGCAUUGGCAGGUGGAUUCUUAACCACUGCACCACUAGGGAAGCUCCGUGCCCUCUUUUUAUACUUGGAAUUAUGUAAAAUAUGAUAUGCCCCACAAAGAUCUGGAUUGGUGAGCAUUGUAAUAAGCAGAAAAGAAAUCAUAUCUUGGGAAUUCCCUGGCGGUCCAGUGGUUAGGACUCCGCGCUUUCACUGCCAUGGCCCGGAUUCAGUCCCUGGUUGGGGAACUAAGAUCCCACAAGCCCUGCGGUGCAACUGAAAAAAAAAAAAAGAAAAAAGAAAUCAUAUCUUGUAGCUCAGAGUGUUAUAUGCUGAUAUAGAAGCUACUAUCCUUGCAGAGUGGGAAAUGCCAAUUGCAAGAUAUUUCUGUGAUACAGGUCACUUGAUUUCCCUGAUGUAUUAAAUAAAAUCUGAGAUUAUGACAGAUUUAUUUUGAAGUCAGAUCCCAGCACUACCACUUACUAGUUUAUGAUUUGGAGCAAGAUACUUAAUGUAAUAGGUAGAUGGGUCAAAACUCGUCUCUUGCAUCCUAGAAAAUCACAUGAACCUCACAUGUAGCAAUUUGAACAGCCUUCAUCCUGGGAUACCUUCUGUUUCUAAAAUACAUUGAGAUUGCCUUCACUGUGAAUUGAAACAAAAUCUUAGUUUUAAACAAAACCAAAAAAUAAAAAGCAAUUCCUGGGCUUCCCCGGUGGCAGUGGUUGAGAGUCCGCCUGCCGAUGCAGGGGACACGGGUUCAUGCCCCGGUCCGGGAAGAUCCCACAUGCCGCGAAGCGGCUGGGCCCGUGAGCCAUGGCCGCUGAGCCUGCGGGACCGGAGCCUGUGCUCCGCAAUGGGAGAGGCCACAACAGUGAGAGGCCCACGUAUCGUAAAAAAAAAAAAAAGCAAUUCUUUCCUUCCCUCCCUGACAUAUUUCCAGAAAUGAAAGUAACUUUUGGUGAGAGAAUAGGGCCUGUGUAUAAGUAAGCUAAGUUUUAAGCCAGAAGGUACCUGCAGAUAAAUGUCACUUAGAGGGGUUUUUUUGAUUAUAAAAUAUCUGCUUUAUUUUUAAGAAUAAAGGACUAUUAUUCCAUGUUAAAUGUGGUUGCCAUUCUCUGUGAAAGCAUUGAAAAUUCUAACAUUUUUUAUUUAAGUUUUUUGUUCUACUUAAAAUGUCCCUUAGAUUUUAAAAGGAAAUAAAUAUACAUUAGUUGAAUCUGAAAUUCAACUUGCCAUUUAGAGUUCUAAUUUCAGCUGCUCUCUCUUAAGUACCUUAUUUCUUUAAAAUAGUUCUUUUGUGACAAUAUUAUUCAGUGCUUCAAGCACUGAUGACAGUGAAACAGAGUUCUACAGGCCUUUUGUAGUUAUAUGAGUUGUUUCUAUAGGACCUGCUCUGAUGAUGUGUAAUUGUAAUUAUCUUUGUUUAGCUUUAAACACUAUUUAAAAUAGAUGGUGUGUGUUUGCUGCUAAGACACCAAGGAACUUUGCAGAAACUAAUUAUCUCCUUAGCAACAUUCUUAAUAAAACUGCCUUCUGAAUGAAGAGAGGUAGUCAAUAUUUUCUUCUCUCUCCGUAGCCAUAUGAAGUUUAAUAUGAAUUUUGUAUUGCUUCCCUUCUCCUUUUAUACAUAAUGAAAUCAAAGAAAUAGAAGAUAGUAACUGAUAACAGGGACCUCUAUACAGGCAUAAUUUUCAUGCCUUUUUCAAAGCAGAGAACCUGCCCUGAAAAAGGAUCUAGGUAAAUAGAUUCAGCAGUGACCUGAACACAUGCAAGUGCUUGCCUUAAGCAGUUAGUCUGUUAUGUCUCUGGGGUCCAUGCAAGUUUGCAGUGUGCAGACUGUCAUCUCCUGUGUCAGUAUUUGCACAUCUUACGGAUAUACUUCCCCCUGGCCCUUACUACUUCCCUCUUCAUUUGCCUCAUUAGUCAUACUGGCCUAAUAGAUCCUCAGUUAGCGGGGAAUAAGUCAAAUUUCAACUUCUGAGAUUAUAUAUGACAUGGGUUGUUCUACUCACCACAAAUACUUUCACCAAAGUCUUUGUGAAACAGUCAGAAGUAAUAUUGCCCUAGUUAUGAGUUCUAGAAUAGAUAAACAUUUAUUGAACAAAUGAGAAGAGCAUAGUCAAUAGUUCAUUCACUCUUUCAGCAAAUAUUUACUGAAUAUUGGAAUACCUCUGUGAAUAAAAGCAAAGAUCCUAAUCCUCAAGAAGCUUACAUUUUAAUGCAGAGAGAGACAGAAAUAAACAAUAACUUAAUAAAUAAGUAUAUUUUAUAGUAAAUCAGAAGAUGAUAAAUUCUAUGGGGGAAAAAAGCAGAGCAAGGUGAACAGAAAUCAGUAAUGCAUAGAGGCAGUAGGGUUCGGUCACACUGCUCAGUAUGGUAUCGGGAAAGGCCUCAUUAAGAAGAGAUUUGAGCAAAGACUUGGAGGAGUUGAGGGAAUGAGCCAAAAACAGAUGCGGGGAAGAGAAUCUCAGGCACAGCAACGCUGUGUCCUAAGGCAGGAUCAUGCAGUGUAUUCAAGGAGACUGAAGAGUCUGGGGUUGCAGUCAGGGAAGUAUCAGGCACCUGAUCGUGGACGGCCUUGUAGACUCUUUUGAGGACUGGUUUUCACUAUGAGUUAGAGAGCAUUGUAGGACAUUGGGUUUUUUUUAACAGCUUUAUUGAAGUAAAAUUCAUAUACCAUACAAUUCACCCCUUUAAAGUAUACAAUUCAUUGGUUUUUGGUAUAUUCACAGAUAUGUGCAACUACCGCCACAGUCAAUUUUAGAACAUUUUCAUCACCUCAGAAAGAGUCCCCCAGCCUUAAGGAACCACUAAUCUACUUUCUGUCUCUAUAGAUUUCCCUGUUCUGGACAUUUCAUAUAAAUGGAAUCAUACAAUAUAUAGUCUUUUGUGAGUGGCUUCUUUUACUUAGUAUAAUGUUUUCAAGGUUCAUCCAUGUCGUAGCCUAGAUCAAUACUUCUUUCCUUUCUACGGAUGAAUAAUAUUUCAUUGUGUGAAAUGAAAUACCAUAUUUUGUUUAUCCAUAUGUCAGUGAUGGACAUUUGAGUCAUUUCCACCUUUUGGCUAUUAUGAAUAAUGCUGCUAUAUACAUUUGUGUACAAGUUUUUGUGUGUAUUGUAGAGUUUUGAGUAGAACCAUGACAUCUGACUUAUAUUUUAGCAGGAUCACCCUGGCGAUCAAGUUAAUAUGAAUUGAGAAGUAUUAUUUAUCUUAAAAUAUUCAGAAUGAAUAUGGGUUAUUAUAAAAAUGCAAGUUUCCUAGACAUAUAUAAAUGAACUAUACCCAUUAUGCAUUCAUCUACUGAGUCAUUAUUCUUGUUGUGUUUCUGAAGCACAUGAUCGUACCUUGCAAAUAAAUGAGCACCUUGGUUUGGGUUUUGAGCUGGCUUUUGCCUUAUCUCUUCACAAGUCAAUCAGUGUUAAAGAGUUCUGGUCCUUGCUGGCAGCAGUUGACAUGUUAGGUUAGCUGUGUGAGCUGAGAGGCCAAGAACCAGAUCAGUACGGAUGGAAUUGUUCUCCCAAUAGAAGAAAUCCCUCUGUCUUCUCAGAAACAGGAUAGAAGUGGAGUAGAAAAGGGAGGUGAGGUGAAUGUAUUAGUAGUGCUGCCAACAUUACCUGAGCCCUGCCUGAACUGUGGAUGAAGAGAGCUCUUUAGUCUUCCCCAGUGCUGUCAGUCAGUUCAGUACUUUCUUAAGACUUUUGACAAGGAGGAAAAGUAAACCUAGAUCAACAAUCCUCUUACUGCCAGAUUCCCUUUCAAACCAAUAAUAAUGACUACACAUAGUAGGUUCUCUAUAACAGUUCUGGAUUCAAAUAAACCCUCAUUAACAAGCCUGCACAAUAAUUAAUGGUCUCAUUCUUCAGUUAUUUUCUCUCUAACUAGCAAAGACAGAUGAAGAAAAAUAGGCUCCCCCCACCCCCGCAAGUAAUUCAUGCUCAUUGUAAUAAAAAAAAUUAAAUAUAAAAGUCAAAAUCAUUCAUACUACCACACAACUCAGAGCUAACCACUGUUAAUAUUUUGGUAUAUUUUCUCCUAGUGUUUUUUUCUUUACCUGAAGGUUUUUGAGUUUUGUGUGUGUUAUGUUUGUUUUUGAUGUAAUAAGGAUCACAUUACAUUGUCUAUAAAGUUUUGUACUUGCUUUGCCCACUUUUAAUUAUACUGAGAACAUUUUACCAUGUUAUUAAAAUUACUUAAAAUGA